CACUUUCAACCACAGACUGUACCAGCGUUUGGACAACAGGAGCAGUCAGUCAGCUCCUCCUGUCGUUGGCAAAGAUGGCUCAUCUUUCUGCGCUCUUCAAGUAUGUGGAUGAACACCAGGAUCUGUAUGUGCAGCGCCUUGCUGAAUGGGUAGGAGUCCAAAGUGUGUCUGCUAUUCCAGAGAAGCGUGGCGAGAUCAAGAAGAUGAUGGAGAUGGUAGCCAGCGACAUUGAGAAGCUUGGGGGCACAGUGGAGAUGGUGGACAUUGGCAAACAGACGCUUCCCUCUGGAGAGGAGAUCCCCUUGCCUCCUAUCAUCCUGGGGCAUGUGGGGUCAGACCCAGGUAAGAAGACUGUGUGUAUCUACGGCCACCUUGAUGUCCAGCCAGCCUGUAUCGAUGAUGGCUGGGAUACAGAGCCUUUCACUCUGGUGGAGAAAGAUGGUAAGCUCUAUGGAAGAGGUUCUACUGACGACAAGGGUCCAGUGUUGGCCUGGUUUAACUGCAUUGAAGCCUACCAGAAGAUCCAGCAGGAGCUUCCCAUCAACAUCAAAUUCUGCUUCGAGGGGAUGGAGGAAUCUGGAUCUGAGGGCCUGGAUGGACUGGUGUUUUCUCGAAAAGACACCUUCUUAAAAGACGUGGACUAUGUCUGCAUCUCUGACAACUACUGGCUGGGCAAGACCAAACCCUGCAUCACCUACGGUCUGAGAGGAAUCUGCUACUUCUUCACUGAGGUGGAGUGCUGUGAGAAGGACCUGCACUCAGGGGUGUUCGGCGGCUCUGUUCAUGAGGCCAUGACCGACCUUAUCGCACUUAUGGGCUCCCUGGUAGACAGGAAGGGGAAGAUUUUGGUUCCUGGGAUUUAUGACAGCGUGGCCCCUCUGACAGAAGAGGAGAAAAAGCUGUAUGAGAAAAUAGAUUUUGACUUGGAUGAGUACUGCAAAGAUGUUGGAGUUGAACAGCUGCUGCAUGACACUAAGGAGCAAAUCCUAAUGCACCGCUGGAGAUACCCAUCUCUUUCUCUUCAUGGUAUUGAGGGAGCUUUCAGUGAAACAGGAGCAAAGACUGUUAUUCCCCGCAAGGUCAACGGCAAGUUCUCCAUCCGCCUCGUCCCUGACAUGGACCCCAAAGUUGUGGAGAAGCAGGUUAUCGACCAUCUGCAGAAGAAAUUUGCUGAAAUGGGAUCCCCCAACAAACUGAACGUGUACAUGGGCCAUGGAGCCAGAGCUUGGGUCUCUGACUUCAACCACCCACACUUCAUGGCUGGUCGAAAGGCCAUGAAGACAGUCUUUGGUGUGGAGCCUGACCUGACUCGUGAAGGUGGAAGCAUCCCUGUCACCCUGACCUUCCAGGAGGCCACAGGGCGUAACGUCAUGCUGCUUCCUGUUGGAUCCUCUGAUGAUGGAGCUCACUCCCAGAAUGAGAAAAUCAACAGAUCCAAUUACAUUCAGGGAAUCAAGAUGCUGGGUGCGUACUUCCACGAGGUUUCCAAGCUGGAGUGAAGUGAUGUCUGAUCAUGAAAAAUGCAAAAUAAUGUCCAUCCUCACAAUCAGAGCUGUAGCUUUUGGGGUAUGAUUGAGCUUCCACAGUGAGUGUUUUAAACACAAUGCCUCCUAAUUAUAAAAGCGUUUUUCUUUGUUGUCCUACUGGUCACACUCAUUAACACCUUAAUAGGUUUUGCUGUUGCCUUAAUACAUAACAUGAAUUAUCUGCUUACAAUAAACCGUAAUGUCAUCGGAUUUAGAAAAUAAUGUUAGGUGAUUUUUUUUCUGUGUCCAAAGUCUGCUUAAAGUAUGUAGUGAAGAAUGAUCAAGCAGGUAUCGAACGUGUUUGAUGUCUCUGUGACAACAGGCUCACAAAAAGUAGGAUCUGUGCUUAUGGUCUUUAAGCCAAAGCCAAAUCUAGCUGGAAACGACUGUAGUAAAAAAAUGAAGCAAAGCAGGGUACACAACCUGGAUAAUUCCACACUUACUAAGAGGGUGAAGUUCUCCUGCAAAGCCGAGGUGGACCAAAAGCCUUUAACAGUCAUAAGAGUACCAGAUACUCAAAAGACUAGCAUCUGUGUCAUUUAAACUGGAUUAUGUCAGAUUACAGACUGGUAUCAAUGGGGCUCAUUCAGACUAAAGUGUGCAAAGCAACCUCGGUUAAUAUCUGCAUAAAGUGAUUAUUAAGAUGGUUGAUUGAUGAGUAUGAUGUUUGCAUUGUAUUAUUAUUUUUUUUUUUUAUCAGAUCAUAGUUUACUGCAGGAACAAAAAAUUGAAAAG